GUUUGGGAGAGCCAAUCUUUGGCUCGCACUCGAACUCAAAGCCGAGCAUCUUUUCCAAACUUGAACAAAAAGCAAUAAGCUCAUUAGAGGCAGUAUAUUUUGUGGCACACUCAACUUGGAGUUGGAUUUUUCAGCGUUCGCUACGGUUCUGCCAGUGUCUUCUCCUAUUUACUAGGCUCCAAGGUUCUUUUCACAUCUAUGUUUAUUUAUGGAUCCUCAAUUGACUGGGUUGCCUGACUCUGUCGGUGCAUUCGAGCAGCAUGAUGAGUCCUUUUUCUCUAGCACCUUUCGGCAAUCACAAGAUAUUACUUACAAUUACGUGAACGACUCUUUAUCUGUUCUGGAUUUCACGGGUGACCCUUUGAGUACACCCAGUCCCUACAAUGGCUAUUUCGCUCCUGCUGCAGAGUUGGAGUCACCAGAGAAUCACGACUCUGAUCCUGUUCUUAAGUUCCUCAACCAGAUACUAUUGGAGGAGAAUAUCAAUGAGAAGCCGGGUAUGUUCCAUGAUCCAAUUGCUCUUGAAGCUGCUGAGAAAUAUUUCUCUGAAGCCCUUGAUAAAAACCCUCCUCAUGAAACCUGCGUUAGCAAUAAAAACACAGAAAGCUCUGACAGCAUGUACCGCCAUUCCAGUGAACCACCCCAGUGGUCUGUUGAAUCUCUACAAUUAUCUUUAUUUACUCCUUCAGAACCGUCUUUCCAAUCCUCUUCUCUGUUCUUCUCUGAGAGUUCAAAUGCUUCUAAAAGUUUGAAUGAGAGUAGUCUGAAUGUCCAAGUGGGCUCUAGCGAGCUUGGAAAUAUCUUUAGUGAUACAGAAGCCAAACUGCAGUUCAAGAGAGGAAUGGAAGAAGCGGCCAAAUUCCUCCCCGCUACUAAUCAGUUUGUUGAUUUGGAUAAAUACUCAAUUCCUCAAAAAAACGGUAGUUUGCCUAAUAAAACCAUCAUCGAGGACAACUUACUUGAUCAUUCUUCUAGGAGAAAGAAUCAUCACCAUCCUGAUAGCAAUGAGCUUGAAGAAGAGAGGAGCAGCAAACAAACUGCAGUUUAUGUGGAAGAGGAGUUAACUGAGACAUUUGAUAAUGUUUUGCUUAUUGAUCCUAAUGAGUGUUGCAUUAAUGUUGCUCCAAUUGGUAACAAACUGCCUCAAAACACGCUGAAUGGUGGGGGUGUACCACAUAAUGGUGGUCCUGCUGGUAAAAGACAUGCAAAGAAGAAGCUGCAGGGAGAUACAACCGGUGACGCUGUAGACUUGAGGACUCUUCUAAUUGGCUGUGCACAAUCUGUUGCUGAUGAUCACCGCAAGUCUGCAAAUGAACAGUUGACACAGAUCCGGAAGCAUAGUUCGCUCAACGGUGAUGCGAAUCAGAGGUUGGCAUAUAUAUUGGCAAAUGGUCUUGAGGCACGUUUGGCUGGCAUGGGGACUCAGCUCUAUACGUCCCGAGCCCCUAAAAGGAUCACAGCUGUUGAGAAGUUGAAAGCAUAUCAGGUUUACAUGUCAGCUUGUCCGUUCAAGAAGGUGUCAAUUGGCUUCACAAAUAAAAUGAUUUAUGUGGUGUCAUUGGAAGCUAAAGCGCUACAUCUCAUUGAUUUUGGUAUAGAGUAUGGUUUCCAGUGGCCUGCUCUAAUCCAAUAUCUUUCAAUUCGGCCUGGUGGGCCUCCUAAUCUUCGCAUUACAGGAAUUGAUCUGCCUCAACCGGGUUUCCGGCCAGUGGAAUUGAUGCAAGAGACUGGACGACGCCUGGCAAAAUAUUGUGAGCGAUUUGGCGUGCCAUUUGAGUACAACACAAUAGCAACUCGGAAGUGGGAGACAAUUAAAGUUGAAGAUUUGAAGCUCGUUAGAGGUGAGAUGGUUGCUGUGAACUGCUCUUAUAGGUUAAGAGACCUGCUUGAUGAAACAGUGAUGGUGGACAGUCCUCGUGAUGCAGUCCUAAGCCUAAUCCGUAAACUGAACCCAAGUAUUUUUGUGCACACUGUUGCUAAUGGGUCUUAUAGCUCUCCAUUCUUUGUUAACCGGUUCCGAGAAGCUAUCUUCUAUUACUCUGCAUUCUUUGAUAUUUUCGACAAUACAUUACCCCGUAACGAUGAACAGAGGUUUCUCUUUGAGCAAGAAUUCUAUGGGCUUGAGUCGUUGAAUGUGAUUGCAUGUGAGGGGGAAGAGAGGAUUGUGAGGCCUGAAACGUACAAGCAGUGGCAAGUGAGGACUAUAAGGGCUGGGUUCAAUCCUCUUCCACUGAACCCAGAGUUGAUGAUUAAGAUUGCAAAAAUUAAGGAAGGGUACCACAAAUGCUUUAUGUUGGAUGAAGAUGGUAAUUGGAUGGUGCAGGGGUGGAAGGGGCGUAUUCUGUGUGCUAGUUCUUGCUGGGUACCUAGUUAGCGCUUCCCUUGUAAAGAAGCAAGCUAACUGGUGGUGGUGAUCACGCUUCCAUUGCUUCUUGUCAUUUGAGUGUUAACCUUCUAUAUUCCACAUUAUCAGGCCUCCACUGGAUGGUAGCAUUGAAUAAAGGCUUGAUAAAAACAUGAUAUGGUCGUUGUGAAUCUUUUGUUGCUUCAGCUAGCUUGUUUCAUAGAUAUGUUUGCUGUAAUGCAUCUAUUUACAGAGCAUCACGUGUCUGCUGAAUUUGUAUUCUCUUCUACUCACUUGGUAUUGGAUUCACAUGUACUUUGUUUAAGAUCAUUUUCAUUUAUGUAUUGGAAUUGUAUAAUAUGAAGAAAAACAGCAAUUCUCUACUCCA